CCGCCCCAUUAACCAAUCAUGGGUACCAUGCACGAUUUGGACACCGCCCACGAUGACCACAAGGAUGGCACCGCCGUCGAGAUGGACGACAUCCACAAGGACCCCAAGGCCAUGGAGGAGCUCACCGAGGCUGCCAUGGAUGCAGAGUUGCAGGAGCUGGAGCAGCAAUUGAGGGAGAUGCCCAAGUCCCGCUUCGAGGUCGCCUUCUCCAGCCCGGCUAUCUACACCUACAUGCUGGUCGCCUUCGCCUCCAUGGGAGGUCUGUUGUCCGGUCUGGACCAGUCCCUCAUCAGUGGUGCCAAUCUCUUCUUGGGCGAUGCGCUGCACCUCAGUGACAACCAAAGCAGUCUGGUCGACUCCGGUAUGCCCCUGGGUGCCGUGGCCGGUGCUAUCCUUCUGUCCCCGUCCAAUGAGUACCUGGGUCGUCGUAUGUCUAUCAUUGUCUCUUGUAUCCUCUACACCGUUGGUGCCGCCCUGGAGGCUGGUGCCGUGAACUUUGGUAUGAUCUUUGCCGGUCGUUUUAUCCUCGGAGCCGGUGUCGGUCUGGAGGGUGGUACGGUCCCCGUCUACGUUGCUGAGAGUGUCCCCAGUCGUAUUCGUGGCAAUCUUGUCUCCUUGUACCAACUGAACAUUGCCUUGGGUGAGGUGUUGGGUUACGCCGUGGCUGCCAUGUUCCUCGACGUUACCGGCAACUGGCGCUACAUCCUCGGUUCCUCCUUGGUCUUCUCCACCAUCCUCCUGGUGGGCAUGUUCUUCCUGCCCGAGAGUCCCCGUUACCUGAUGCACAAGGGUCGGGCCGUGGAAGCCUACGGAGUGUGGAAACGCAUCCGCGGCUUUGACACCUACGAAGCUAAGGACGAGUUCCUGGGUAUGCGCCAGGCCGUCCUCGCUGAGGCUGAGGAGCAGCAGAACACCAAGAAAUACGCCUGGUUGGACUUUUUCACCAAGCCCCGUGCUCGUCGUGCGCUUGUCUAUGCCAAUAUCAUGAUUGUUCUCGGCCAGUUGACGGGUGUGAACGCCGUCAUGUAUUACAUGAGCACCUUGAUGACCAAUAUUGGGUUCAACACGAAGAAUAGUGUAUUCAUGUCCCUGGUUGGCGGUGGCUCACUUCUCUUGGGCACUAUUCCCGCUGUGAUCUACAUGGAACGGUUUGGCCGGCGUUAUUGGGCCAACGUCAUGCUCCCCGGUUUCUUCAUCGGUCUAGUCCUCGUCGGUGUGGGCUACCAAUUCAACUACAACACCCACCCGGCUGCCGCUGAAGGUGUCUAUCUCACCGGCAUCAUCCUGUACAUGGGCUUCUUCGGAUCCUAUGCCUGUCUCACCUGGGUCAUCCCCUCGGAGGUCUUCCCCACCUACCUCCGUCAUUACGGAAUGACCGUGGCGGACGCCAACCUCUUCCUGUGCUCUUUCAUCGUGACCUACAACUUCACGCGCAUGAUGAAGGCGAUGACUCGGACUGGUCUGACCCUCGGCUUCUACGGGGGUAUCGCCUUCAUCGGCUGGAUCUACCAGAUUAUCUUCAUGCCCGAGACGAAGAACAAGUCCCUCGAGGAGAUCGACGAGCUCUUCUCGCGACCGACGUCGGAGAUCGUCAAGGAGAACCUUGCUCAGACCAAGGAGGUUGUCGGCGAUCUGCUGAGCUUCCGGUGGAAGAAGGCGUUCUCGCCUCCUCCGAAGCGGGAGUAAUGGUUUGUGCUGUGGGUUUAGCGGUGCAGCCUUGAGGCUGUGCUGUCAGUGAUUUGAUUAUGAUGUUUACCAGCGUGCCUUUGCAUGUGUUUAAUGAAUACCAGAUAAGAAACAAAAGAGGAUUUACGUCCAGAUGCUUAUGAAUUAGGAUAACUGAUGUUGGAAUGCAGCUUGAUUGAUG